ACAUCUUUGUCAGUGAACAAAAUGGCAACCUACUGCCUAACCGUCGCCCGGCUUCAGCUUGCUCUGGGGCAGGGUGCCCGACGCCUGCAUGUGGCGGCAGCUCUCAACGCAAAGGCCAAAGUGGCCAUGAGCCGCUAUGAGCCAAAAACAUAUGUCAACUAUGACAAGCUUCGCUCAAAUAUUGACAUUGUGCGCAAAAGACUCAAUCGUCCUCUCACCCUGUCAGAGAAGAUUGUCUAUGGCCAUCUAGAUGACCCCGCUGGACAGGAAAUUGUUAGAGGGCGCACAUACUUGCGCCUGCAUCCAGAUCGAGUUGCUAUGCAGGAUGCAACAGCACAGAUGGCCAUGCUGCAGUUCAUCAGCAGUGGACUUCCCAAAGUUGCAGUGCCAACCACUAUCCAUUGUGACCAUCUUAUUGAGGCCCAGACUGGAGGAGUCCAAGAUCUUCAAAAAGCAAAGGAAGUGAAUCAAGAGGUUUACAAUUUCCUCGCUAGUGCUGGGGCCAAAUAUGGUGUUGGCUUUUGGAAACCUGGCUCUGGGAUCAUCCAUCAGAUUAUCUUGGAGAAUUAUGCAUACCCUGGAGUCAUGUUGAUUGGUACAGACUCACACACUCCUAAUGGUGGUGGCCUGGGCUGCAUCUGCAUUGGAGUUGGUGGGGCUGAUGCUGUUGAUGUCAUGGCAGGAAUUCCUUGGGAACUGAAGUGUCCAAACGUCAUUGGUGUGAAACUGACAGGCUCGUUGUCUGGCUGGACUUCACCAAAAGAUGUCAUCCUUAAAGUGGCAGGCAUUUUAACUGUGAAGGGUGGCACUGGUGCCAUUGUGGAGUAUCAUGGCCCUGGUGUAGACUCUAUCUCCUGCACAGGUAUGGCCACCAUCUGUAAUAUGGGUGCUGAAAUUGGAGCUACCACCUCUGUGUUUCCUUACAACCACCGUAUGAAAACAUACUUGGAGAAAACGGGGCGUGGAGAAAUUGCUGCUGUAGCAAAUGAGAACCAAGACCUGUUGGUACCUGAUUCUGGCUGUCAUUAUGAUCAAGUGAUUGAGAUCAAUCUGAAUGAGCUAAAGCCUCACAUCAAUGGUCCAUUUACUCCUGACCUGGCCCACCUUGUUUCAGAUAUUGGCUCUGUCGCUGAGAAGAAUGGCUGGCCCCUGGAAGUUAAAGUCGGUCUGAUUGGAAGCUGCACCAACUCUAGUUAUGAAGACAUGGGCAGAGCUGCCUCCUUGGCUAAACAGGCUCUGGACAAAGGACUCAAGUGCAAAGCCCAAUUCACAAUCACCCCUGGCUCUGAGCAGAUUCGUGCCACAAUUGAGAGAGAUGGCUAUGCUAAAUACUUGAGGGAUGUUGGUGGUGUUGUCCUGGCUAAUGCCUGUGGGCCCUGCAUUGGUCAGUGGGACAGACGUGAUGUUAAGAAGGGAGAGAAAAACACCAUAGUCACAUCAUUCAACAGAAACUUCACAGCUAGAAAUGAUGCUAACCCUGCCACCCAUGCUUUUGUCACAUCCCCAGAGAUUGUCACAGCCCUUGCCAUUGCAGGCACACUUAAGUUCAACCCUGAGACUGAUUUCCUCACAGCACCCAAUGGAGAAAAGUUUAAACUGGUGCCACCCACAGGAGAUGAGCUUCCUUCCCUUGACUUUAACCCAGGUCAGGACACCUACCAGCACCCACCAGCUGAAGGGUCUGCCCUAAAAGUGGAUGUUAACCCUCAGAGCAACCGCCUUCAGCUGUUGGAGCCCUUUGACAAAUGGAAUGGAAAAGACCUUGAGGACCUUCUAGUGCUCAUCAAGGUAAAAGGCAAGUGCACCACAGACCAUAUCAGUGCUGCUGGACCCUGGUUAAAGUUCCGUGGCCACCUUGAUAACAUUUCAAAUAACCUGCUCAUUGGUGCCGUUAAUUUUGAGAAUGAUGCUGUAAAUAAAAUUCGUAACCAUCUGACUGGAGAGUAUGGUGGUGUCCCUGAUGUUGCCCGUCAUUACAAAAAGCACAAUAUUUCAUGGGUUGUUGUGGGAGAUGAGAACUACGGUGAGGGAUCCAGUAGAGAGCAUGCUGCUCUGGAGCCCAGACAUUUAGGAGGAAGGGCCAUUAUUGUAAAGAGCUUUGCUAGAAUCCAUGAAACUAACUUGAAGAAACAAGGCCUGCUGCCUCUCACCUUCUCUAACCCUGCUGAUUAUGACAAAAUCCACCCAGAUGAUAAAAUCACCAUCGUAGGUCUUCAGAGCUUUGCCCCUGGAAAGCCACUGAACGCUGUUAUCAAGCACAUUGAUGGAAGCACAGAAACUAUUGAGUUGAAUCACACCUUCAACGAGACCCAGAUUGGAUGGUUCCAGGCUGGCUCUGCUCUUAACAGGAUGAAAGAGAUGCAGAAAUGAGGGAAAGGGUCUUAAAUGUGAGAAGGGGUUAACUAUAUUUAUUUGGGAGAGGUAUGAGUUAUGUAUCAAGCAGGAAGAUUGGUAUGUAUGUGCAAGAGAAUUAUAAACUGGAGUAUUAAUAAUUCAUUUAUUUAAUCUGUGUUGCAUAGACAAGUCCUGUCAAUAUACAAUUUUCUACAGGCUAUAGAUUGCAUUGCAGAACAGAUAAAAGGCAUUACGUUUAGAAUUGGGCUAAAUUGCAAUGCUUGUAAAUUUCAAGCUGAAUCUGGAUGUUUAUUACAGAAUGGAUAAUUCUGAAAUGUUUGGAAGGCUCUGGGAGACACGCAGAGUUUAAUUCAUAAAAUGAUGUGUCUAGGUAACCGUUAAUCAUGAUUACUUCUGCUCUUCCAUUUUGCUUGUAAUUUUACUCUGAACUGUAAUGAGAGCUUGAGAAUUUGUGUCCUGUAUUCAGCUCUCUUGAUAGCAGCUUUUCCAGUAUUCAUAACAAUUGGUUUUGUUGUUCAUGCAAGCUUGAAACUUAACCUGUUAUUGUUCAUGUGGCUAUUUUUACUGUAAGUCUGAAUUACUUUUCAAUGCUCAGUAAUAUCCAAACUUCCAAUGCACACCACCACCCAAAACCAUCGAAUGUGUCAAGUGUGUACAGAGUACAGGUCAAGUCUUUAAAUGUUUUAAACUGAACGAUUAUAUAAAUAUAUAUAUAUAAAAUAAUCUCAUCUGCAAAACUGAGUUGCAAUUAAUCAGAACUCCAUGCUUGUGAGCACUUUUUCCUGUAUAUUUUAGUGCCCUUUUUUGUAGGGUUGUAUUCUGUUUUAUCCUCACAGAGCUGUACCCAUGUCAAAGCAGUCACUUAAGUCACCAUUAUUGACAGACUACAGCACAUGUUUUCAGAAUACCAAGAAAAAUAAAGAAUUUCAACAUA